AUGGAGUGGAUUGACGACCCGGCUCCUGAGAAGCAAGCCCUGUGGCUCUAUGGUCCCGCAGGUGCCGGAAAAUCAGCAAUAGGACACUCCAUUGCCAUGAUGUUACAAGAGCGUUCUGCUGAUCGCAGAUAUGGCUCGAGCUUUUUCUUUGCAAAGGGAGCUCCUGGACGCGGAGACGGGAACAAGCUAUUUUCCACCAUUGCUCACGAGCUUGCCAUCAAUUUCCCCGAAUACCGUGUCAUACUCGAUACCGUCAUGCAGGAGAAUCCUACACUUCCCACCAAAUUGAUCAAUAUUCAACUUCAAAAUCUUAUUAUCAGACCUCUCACCAAAGUGCGCAAUUGGCCCGCCCACCACCCAGUGGUCAUCAUUGACGGCCUGGACGAGUGCUCUGGAGAGAAGCGUAUGCAGGUCGCAAUCUUGUCCACCAUUGCGAAUGCUAUUAUUCAGCAUCGCAUCCCAUUGCGCUUCCUGAUUAUCAGUCGUCCAGAGUACUGGAUAGCCGAUGUGUUCGAGACCGGGUGUUUCAGCUCUAUCGUGAAACGUGUUUCUUUGCGGGACGACCUUGAAGCCGACGCUGGAAUAGAAAUCUACCUACGCAGUGAAUUUAAUAGGAUAUAUGAAGAAAACAUCGAAAUAAUGCAUUCUGUCCCUCGGCCAUGGCCCGAGGACCACCUCAUCGACCGAUUCGUCAGGUCUGCAUCUGGACAAUUUGUUUAUGCAUCCACCGUCGUAAAAUUCAUUGGUGAUUCCCUACACUGUGACCCCCUCGAACAGCUUCGCAUAUUGAUCAGACCUGGUCCUCAUGACGCUCUUGCAUUCUCCGAACUGGACCAGUUGUAUGCCUCCAUUUUGUCAUCGUAUCCACGAUGGGAUGCGCUUAAACGUGUUCUGGGUGCCAUUUUGUGCACCCCUUACAGCAACUCGGAAAGUGUCAUGGAGCUGAUUUUUAAUGUUUCUCCUUCGGAGCUGCGUCAAAUUUUGCGAUCCAUGCGAUCUUUGAUUUGCACAACAGAAUCCAAAUACCCUCCACUUUUACAAAGACUGAUACCAACGUUUGGGACCCCGAGAUAUGAUACGCCAUGGCUGUCGUUCCAUCACCUAUCGUUUGAAGAGUUUCUAAAAGAUUCUUCUAGAUCCGGGAAAUUUCUGGUCAACGAAUGGUCCACGUCGAUUCACGCAUUUUGUGUUAUUAUACGGCACUUGAUAGAAUUGCUACAUGGCAAUCCUGACAUUGAUGGAAUAAUUAAUCGCCUCGUGGAACUUCCAAGCUCAGACAUGGAUAUUAUUAUUCAAGAGCUCAAAUAUCUACACGAAGCACUUGAAGGGGUAUUAUCCGAAGCAGACAGAAAAAUACCUCGAUCAAAGCACAUAUUAUGGAUCCUUUCAACGUUCCAGAGAUGUAUACUACGGGAUCAGAGUUGGAGGGAAUUGACACCAGCGCAAGGGUUAAAGCCUCUACUGGAUCUACUUCAAUCACUUCAACGUCCUGUCAUGUUGGCAUUGACCAUCUCAGUCCAGCAGGUUCUCGAGGCUACCUCUCUUGACGGGCCCAUUCUCGGGUAUCUUGUUAGGCAAAGCUGGCGGAGGGAUACAUCAUCUUUUGACAUCCUGGACAUAGGCGCAGAAAUGCAUAUUACGAAUGAUGCCAUUGUAUCAGAGCUCCAAGACAUACACGGUAUUGUCAAUAUCUUCUGUUACAAAGAUCGGGGACACGUGGAAAUCAUUCUCGACGUAUUCGAGAAGGAGAUUGACAAAGUAUCGAGUACAUACCUACCUCCAGCCCUAGUAGCAGAGUGGGAAACUCCAGGUCUGGUUCGUGUGAUCGAACUUCUUAAUCAACUCUUCAACGGGACGGAAGCUACGUUGGAGUCCCCAUUGAACGAAGUGGUCCGCUUCUUGCAUAAUCCAGCACGAUCUGAUAUCCGUUCAAGAGAAUAUCUCCAAAAUUCUCACAGGAUGACUAUACUACAUAUUCUGAUUCAUCCACAGCUGCCUAAGCUGCCCCAAUACUUGCCGCAAUUUGCGAACGCUUCAUUGGGUUGGCUUCACAGACAAUUGACCGGAACAAAUAGGCAUGUACUCGAGGAACACGACAGUAUGCUUAUUGUAAAAUUCGAAGCGGCUGCUAAAACCACAUUUUCGGCACUCAUAUCACUGUACAUCGAACACUCGUCGUACUUCCUUACUGCCAAAGAUUCUGGAAGGCAGUACAACCACCACAUUAUGGGUAUAUCUCCGACGCUCGACGGUAAAUACAUCCUCUCGGAGAAUAUAAGAGCUGGAGGUGGUACCAGUGAGUUGUGGCUCACAUGGAUUCGUCUCUUCCACUCAGUGUUGGAGAUUAACCAAUUACUGGGUACCCGACACCCUGUUUUGCCCAUCGUAGCCUUGGAUUGGUAUCCCCAUCUUGCCACAUUUCUUCUCAAUGUACUUGUAUCAAAGCACUAUGGCAUCUUGGACCAAGGUGGUAGAGUAUACUGGAUGGACUUCCGAGAUAAACAUUUCCUAUCAUUGCUCCAGUGCAUGCCUUACGCAAUCCCAACACAAGAGAACCUAACGAAGAUUAGGUUACUGCACUAUAUCUGGCAUAAACUGGAUCGUAAAUAUCGAUGGAGACCUCCGUCUGGAUUCUGUGACUUGACAAUGCAAUUUUUGGGGAAAUACAACCACAAAUAUUUUUGUGGGAUGGAGUACGACCGGUUGAAAUCUUGGUUAGUGAAACUUAAGGCCACAGAGUCCCACAAAAUUCUCGAUGUUCCUCUUGAUUAUCCCUUUCAUUAUGAAGAGUACACGACAGAUGAGGAGGGGUAG